AUGAGAAUUCGUAUCAGAGGUCCUUCUGGCAAAACCUCAAUCAUCAGUCUGGGUAGUUCAGCAACGAUUGAGACAUUGCGAGAAGCCAUUACGGCAGAGACAACCCUCUCUACCUUUGAAAUCAAGUAUGGAUUCCCUCCAAAGACGCUCGAUCUUCAACGAUACCCAUCCGACAGUCUGCUCUCCGAGCUUGAUGUCAAAUUGAAUGGUGAACAACUCACCGUGCAUAAUGCAACUUCUUCCACAUCGCAAGAGAAUUUGGAAGCCACCAGAGAAGCCAAGCCCUCAGAUCGAAACCAGAAAUCUUCAAAUCCGCCAGAGUCAAAGGCUCCUCAGUCAAAUCCCAAUCCCAAAUCGAAGUCGCAACCAUCAUCAGCGGCUCCUCUCUCUCUUUCGCGUAAGCAAAAUCCUGCCAUGGACGACCCACCAGAAGUAUUCCUACCUGAAUCUGGAGGAACUCUGGUCUUGAGAAUCAUGCCAGACGACAAUUCAUGUCUUUUCCGAGCAGUAGCUUCUGCAGCCAUCUCGGAACUGGAUGCUGUGACAGAGCUACGGUCCAUUAUCGCCCAGACUAUCCACCAUAACCCCGAGAAAUAUUCGAAGGCCAUUCUUGACAACAAAGAGCCAGAGGUCUAUUGCCGUUGGAUUCAAACCGAAGAUGCCUGGGGAGGCCAGAUUGAACUCGACAUAUUAGCUCAACAUUUUGACAUUGAGAUUUGCAGUAUCGACGUACAGACGUUACGCGUGGAUAGAUACAACGAACAAGCCUCGAGGCGCUGCUUUGUGGUAUACUCGGGGAUACACUAUGACACCAUUGCCCUCAGUCCAUUCGAAAACCCGGUGCCGGAGUCAGAUAUCAAGCAAUUCCCAGCACCCCUGUCAGAUGAGAUCUUGCAAGGUGCCGUGACUCUAUGUGAGCGCCUACAAGCAAGACAUUACUACACUGACACGGCUGGGUUCCAACUUCGAUGUAAUGAUUGUGGAGCGACAUGUAUUGGUGAAGCGGGUGCCACUAAACAUGCAGAACAAACGGGGCACUACAACUUUGGAGAAGCAAGCUGA